ACCGUCACUGCUGCUGCUGAUGUUAUUCUGGCAUACGCUUGGAAUUCCUUCUGCUCGGGCGCGUGUACGCGGUCAGGAUCUUUUUGAACCUAUUUGCGAAAUUCUUAACAUCGCCAUCGGCUCGCGCCUUAUGCGCCUUAUCAUUACGAGGUUAUGAGUCCUGAUUUAUCGUCCAACCGAGUCUUUUGCACUGACACUUGCAACCGACGUACAUACAUAAGUGCAUGUGCCCUCCCGUAUCCACGCCUGAUUUCCAUAGAUAUACGUCAUACGCAAUAUAUGUGCGAGCGCGAUACUCUAUGCGUGAGUACCUACUAUUUAAAUCGCAAUGGAUCAACUGGGAGAAGGUCAAACGGUGAUGGUUGGCGGAGCUGGUGGAACGGUACAAGUUGUACAAAUGGGCCAAGGUGGCCAAGCUAUGAUGCUGCCACAAGCGAUUCAGGUAGCUGCACCCAAUGGCCAAAUUCAAGUAGUUCCAGUCUCGAGUUUGGCUGGAGCUGGACAGCAAAUAGUCAUUCAACAACCGCAAACGCCACAAAUUAUUCAAACGCCGGAUGGUCAAACGUAUAUCUACCAACCUGUACAGCUAGAAGGUCAAGUCCAGCAACAGGCUCAACCUACCGUUAUAAAUAUCAAUGGAAAUUUAAUGCAAAUAGCCAGUCCAACUACGCAGACAACCACCACAGCUGCCUCAACUCCGGUACAGCAGAUUUCAACUCCAACCGCCGCUGCGACACAGGCAGGAAACAUUGUCAUGAUGGUACCGGGUAACAGUGGUCAACCGCAAUUCCAACGUGUGGCUCUUCCAAAUGCUGAAUUUUUGGAAGAAGAGCCACUUUACGUUAACGCCAAGCAAUACAGACGCAUUUUGAAGCGCCGACAAGCAAGAGCAAAACUUGAAGCCGAAGGAAAAAUUCCUAAAGAGAGACCUAAAUACCUUCACGAAUCGCGACAUAGACAUGCGAUGAAUCGAAUUCGAGGAGAAGGAGGACGUUUUCACUCUGGUCAAGUUAAAAAAAGAAGUAGAGUAAACAACAAUGCAAUGAUGACUCAGCACAUUGUAACUUCAACUAGUAACACUAUUCGGACUAUAACAAUACCAGCGUCUAGUGCAGGAAUACAGCACAAUACAGAUAACAUGACGCCCACUAUUAUCAUUGAAAAUGGAACUGGUAGAGAUAUCUUACCAGACAUGAUUAGUGAUGGAACGUUAGUGGAUAUAAAAUAAGAUAGAUUAAUUAAAUACAUACAUUAUUAAGAACAUACGCGUGAUUUUAUGUUUCCGAAGAAAUGUAUAAUUUAUCGGAAAAUUCAGGAAAAUAAUAGUUUUCUAUACCAUCAGCAAUAUAACGUAAAGUGCAGACGAUGUAUAUACUUAUUAUUUUGAUGCAUAUCGUUUUACGUUUCGAUGAUUGUCGAUGGUACUAGCUCCGAAUAGAAAAUUUCAUUAAAUACAAUAAUAAACAAAU